AAUCGUAGUAUCUAAUCGGUGUGGGUCGAGACGCCACGUCCGAUUUGCUCAAAAGCAACGUCAUGCUUAAUCCGCGUUAUUCCUCGAAUGACGCGAUUAUUCCGUCCGUUUCAUAAGUUUACGCGCUUUAUAUUCGCUUCAAAUUGUAAAAGUCAAUUAGUUUCAGAAAGUUCUGCGUCCUGAGUUUUACAGUUAAAAGAAAGUUUAUGCUCUUUUCUUUUCGGAGUAAUACUAAUUUUUCUUUCAAUUUUACGAAUUUUUGAACGCUAUAACGAAAGAUUGAAUUACUCAAAGUGGCAUUUAUUUUGCUGUGAUACAUAUUAACAAUGAAAUGUUAAUUAACUUUUAUAUGAAGGAAUUGUAACCUAUUUACUUAGAACAUCACUUGAGAUAUUUUCUAUCAAAGAUGGAAUUUCCAAACUUAGGAGAACAUUGUUCAGAAAAUAGUUGCAACCGAUUGGAUUUUUUACCCCUCAAGUGUGAUGCUUGUUCUGCAAUCUUUUGCUCUGAACACAUAUCGUACAAUUACCAUAGCUGUCCAAGUGCUUACAAGAAAGACAUUCAAGUUCCAGUAUGUCCUCUUUGUAAUGCUCCAGUGCCUGUGAAACGUGGUGAUCCUCCAGAUAUUGCAGUUGGGCAACACAUGGACAAUGAAUGUCAAUCAGAGUUAAAGAAACCUAAUCAGAAAAUUUUUUCUAACAGAUGCUCCUCAAAAGGUUGUAAAAUCAAAGAAAUAGUGCAAGUGAAUUGUUCUGAUUGCGGUAAAAAUUUCUGUUUGAAGCACAGACAUCCGACAGAUCACGCGUGUCGAGGCCAGGAGGAGACGACACGAAGAAAAAGACUCGAUGCUCUAGAAAAUAAUAUAAAAGUAAAUAGAAGAAACGGCGAAAUCUUUAAGAAUUAUCAAGGCAGUGUGAGUGAAGACGAAGCACUUGCAAGAGCACUCCAAGCUUCGAUGCAAGAGGCAAGCACUACUAGACAAACGCUUGAAGCUGUACCUUCUGGUAACAGAGUUAGGUGUAGACUUUCAUAGAUUUUAAUUCUACAAAUUUUUAUAGUUGCUUUAAGAUAUGUUCUCCGGCUGCAUAACCGUAGGAAAAUUGUUAUAUCUUUCAGAGAUUUUCAUCUAUUUCCGAUAAAAAGCAAUCUAAUGACUAUUUAUAAAUUAACUUAAACUUUCCAUUCCCCUAUUUAAAGAAAAUUUCUAACAUACACUACACAUUACAUACUUUUAAAAAUUCCUUAAACUACAUCUAAUAUUUAAAAAUUGAAUUGGAUUAACAUACAUCUUGCUAAUUACAUGAAAAUAAGGGGAUAAUACCUUUAUUUUCCUAUCUAAGAUUAUUUGUAGUUGUUCUCCAUCUAGUGAAUAUGGAGUAUGAUUCUCCUUCUAAUGGAUAUUUAAGAAAUGUCCUUUAGUUUCUACAUUCAAAAUGAAAAAUUAUACUAAAUGACAAUUUCCAUCUUCUAAUGACAUGUUUGCAAAUAAAUCAACGAAUUAUACUAAGUAAUCUGGAAUGACUAACAUGUCAUAAGUCAAUAAAUUUAUCU